AUGGGCAACUUUGCUGCCAACGAGGGACUGUCCAUCUUUGUCAUUCUGGUGUGGCUGGGGAUCAAUGCUUUCCUGUUCGUCCAUUUCUACAUGGCCUUUCUCACCGAGAGAUGGUUUUACACCAGGGUCCUCCUCGGGCAUGCCUUGUCCUGGGCCCGGGCACCUGCAGCCUGUCUCAACUUCAACUGUAUGCUGAUUCUACUACCUGUCUGUCGAAACCUUCUCUCCUUCCUGCGUGGAACCAUCCAGUGUUGCAGCCGCACAGCCGCCCGUCAACUGGACCGGAACCUCACUUUUCACAAACUGGUGGCUUACAUGAUCGCCUUCCACACAGCUGUCCACAUCAUAGCCCACUUGUUUAACUUCGAGUGGUUUAUGGACGCCCAGCUGAAUCGAAACACCAGUUUUCUGACUUUUGUGCUAUCUGAGAUUGGCACCGGGGACAACGCCUCCUUCCUGAAUCCGAUCAGGACCAAUGAAACUAAUCCAACCAUAGUAAUGUUCACUACUAUUGCCGGGCUGACGGGCGUGGCCAUCACCCUGGCUCUCAUUCUCAUCAUCACCUCCUCCAUGGAGGUCAUCCGAAGGUCAUACUUUGAGGUCUUCUGGUACACACACCACCUCUUCGUCAUCUUCUUCAUUGGCCUGGUGUUCCAUGGCUAUGGGCGAAUUGUACGGGGGCAAACUGCCGCCAGCCUGCAGAAACACAGCCCACUGCAGUGUUCUGACCAGUUUGACAUCUGGGGGAAGAACGGGACCAACUGCCCUGAACCAAAAUUCGCUGGAAAUCCCCCAGGGACGUGGAAGUGGGUGGUGGGUCCAAUGAUUCUGUAUGUGUGCGAGAGGCUGGUUCGAUUCUACCGCUCACAGCAGAAAGUGGUCAUCACCAAGGUGGUGAUGCACCCCUCCAAGACUCUGGAGUUGCAGAUGAAAAAGAAGGGUUUUCACAUGGAGGUGGGGCAGUAUGUCUUCAUCCAGUGCCCCUCGAUAGCUGCACUGGAGUGGCACCCCUUCACACUCACCUCUGCCCCUGAGGAGGAUCACUUCAGCGCCCAUAUCCGCAUUGUGGGGGAUUGGACACAGAAGCUGUACGAGGCCUGCGGAGGGGACAAGACUGAGACUCAGGAGGCCUGGAAGCUUCCCAAGAUUUUAAUAGACGGCCCAUUUGGGACGGCCAGUGAAGACGUUUUCCGGUAUGAAGUGGUGAUGCUGGUGGGUGCCGGGAUUGGGGUGACUCCUUUUGCCUCCAUCCUGAAGUCGGUGUGGUACAAACACAUCCAGAACAACCAGCAGGUCUUCACCAAGAAGAUCCACUUCUACUGGCUCUGCCCUGAGACACAGGCCUUCGAGUGGUUUGCAGAUCUGCUGCAGUCCCUGGAGGGCCAGAUGACUGAGAAGGGCAUGGCCGACUUCCUCAGGUACAACAUCUACCUCACCCGCUGGAAGGAGAGCGAGGCUGCUCACUUCAGGGUUCACCAUGAGGAAGAGAAUGACCCCAUCACGGGGCUGAAACAGAAGACUUUAUACGGCAAGCCAAACUGGGACAACGAAUUCUCCACUGUUGGCACAAAGCACCCGGGAACUAAAGUGGGUGUUUUCCUGUGCGGUCCCACCCAGCUGGGGAAAUCGCUGGAGAAGCAGUGUCUCUCCCAUACGGAGGGAGGUGUGGAGUUCAUUUUCAACAAGGAAAACUUCUAAGAGCUUUCUGGUCCCCUUCCUGCCGGCCAAAACGAUGG